AAUAUUUAGGCUCAAUGAACUCACGGGGCUUAUGAAAUUGUUAAUACUUUUAAUUUAUUUUUUAUCAUUUAAAGCGUGGAAUUUUUGUGUGUGUGAAGGAUUUAAACAAUCGUUAAGUUGGAACGAGCUAAGUAUAAUGAGGAGGAGAAAUGCCGAGUGUGGCAAACUACGAAGGCCAAUAAAACGCACCAAAAUUUCUGAUGGAGUGUAUGGAAGUUUGUUGCUGUAUUUCAAAUUUGUCUUACUAUGGCUUCUUGUUAUAACCGCAGACUAUAUUUUAGAGUUUCGGUUUGAAUUCCUGUGGCCAUUCUGGCUUCUUCUAAGGAGCGUUUAUGAUUCCUUUAAAUACCAAGGCUUGGCAUUCUCAGUAUUUUUUGUGUGUAUUGCUCUCACUUCUGAUAUGAUCUGUUUCUUUUUCAUCCCUGUGCAAUGGCUUUUCUUUGCCGCCAGCACUUAUGUUUGGGUGCAGUAUGUGUGGCACACAGAAAAAGGUAUCUGUUUGCCGACUGUUGUUCUGUGGCUGUUGUUUGUGUAUAUUGAAGCUGCAGUUCGACUAAAAGAUCUGAAGCAUUUACCAUUUCACUCAGACCUCUGUAGGCCAUUUGCUGCACACUGUAUUGGCUAUCCUGUGGUGACAUUAGGUUUUGGAUUUAAAAGCUAUGUUGGCUAUAGGAUGAGACAGAAAAAGCAAAGAGAUGUUGCUAAAGCAAAUGAAUUUUAUAUGCAGCUCCUGCAACAAGCUUUACCUGCUGAGCAACAGUCAACGCUGGCUAGCAGCGCUCCCUCAGACAAGUUGAAAGUGGAAGCUGUUACUAAAGAAAUAAGUACCGGAAAUGGUAUUAUGAACAAUUCACAUCACAAUAGUCAAACACACUCUUGUUCAACUAAAAGUAGUAGUAAGAAAUCAGUAGAUAAAGUAGAUGUAGAAACGAAAAAUUCAUCCAAGAACUAUGCCCAUACAAAUGGAUCAUCUCAUCAUCACACACAAUUAGAUUUUAUUGAGAGAGUGACGAACGUGAAUGACUUCGAUCCCCAUGAUGUUGAAAAAGAUUGUGGGAAAAGUUUAAAGAAUAUAAGUAUACAAAAUUUGAAAAGCAACAAAGAUCAGUCUUCGGGUUCAAACAAGUGGACAAGCAAUCAGAAUCAUGUUAAUUCUCAGCGAGAAAAGCGUGGAAAAAUUAAUCGUGAUGACCAUGCUAACAAUUCAAAGGAUGAGUUUUGUUCGAGACUUGAAGCAGAUAUCAAAAGACUUAAGUCAGAUCUGCAGCAAAGCAGACAAACUGAGCAAGACUUACGAAGUCAGAUUAGUAAUCUGAUAGCGGGAGACAAGAAUGCACGUGUGGAGCUGUCACAGCUUAAACAAGACAAUGACGAACUCCAAUCCAAAGUACACGGACUGGUAUCGGCACGACAGUCAGAUCGCCAAAACAUAGCUAAUUUAGAACGCAAGUUGAAUGAGGAGAAGAAAUUACGGUUGCAGUGUGAAUCUCAACUAGUCGCUGAAAAGAAAGCGAAACGAGCAGAGGAGGCAGCUGCUGCUCGUGCCAUUGCUUCAAAUGCUGCUCAAAAUAACAAGUCAGAGUGUACAGAAAGCUGCCGAAAUAAACGACGAGAGCUCGAGUCUGACUCUAAACAACUAAGGAGAGAGAUAAAACUGAAAGAAGAGCGGUGCUUAGGUCUUGAAAGAGAAGUACAAACCUUGAAAGCCUACAAAGAUAAUCGUAGUGAAGUAGAAGUUCUCAUGACUGCAAUCUCAGUUUUGCAAGAUAAAAAUACUCAUCUGGAAAACAGUUUAAGUGAGGAAAAUCGAAUGAAACUAGACUUGUUUGCCGCUUUGGGUAAAGCCAACAGACAAGUUGAAAUCAGAGAUAGUAAAAUUCGAGCUCAAGAGAGAGAAAUGGAUGAGCUAAAAGGAAAAAUGGCUCAGGUCCUAGCUGUGAUGCCAUCAGAUUCUUUUGGCCCGGCGCCGUCUUCUUCUUCCAUUUCCAAACUCCGUCUUGGGGAAUCAUCUCAAUCCAAUCUUGAUCCCAAUGCCUCUGUCUACACGCCAAAAACCAAUACACAUUUAACCUCUGAAGCUUAAACUGGUGAAUCUUAGUUUGAUUGAUGCUGCAAGUAGAAAGAACAGUCGGUUUAACAAUGCCGUGUGAAUUGUCUGACUAAGAAUCGUUCAAAGCUUUGUACUUCUCCAGACUUCACUGAAAUCGUCUCAAAAUGAAGUAUGUGAGUCACAAUUUUAUUCGCAACAUCACCUAUCUCCUAUAUUUAUUUGUUUUACGAGUCUUGUGACCUCUUGUCAAUUUUUAUACUUCUUUAUCUUUUCUUUUCAGCGGCAAUGUCUGUUUUUUUCAACUUUUCUUUUUGUUUUUUCUCCCACCUGAGUAGUUACGGUUCGUCACUGCAGUCGCACAAAAAGUUAAGAUUCUGUUUUUCUAAGUAACCUGUGUAUUAAUUUUCUUGUUUGUAUCUGUUUAUUUGUAUCGUAAAUCGUAGCUGAUGUGAGGCAGUUCAUUUAUUAACAUGUAAUAUUUUAUGAAUUAGGACUGUCUCUUGACUGGUCUGAAGAGUAGCAUCGUGGAAGUCAUGGAUGCAAUAAUAGAAUGUAGGUGCUUGAAACAUAUUGCAAUGAAAACAAAGGUAACUAGUCAUAUUUUUGGCAGGAAGGACAAAAGAGGAGGCAGCGGUAAUACAUUUUCUAAUAUUAUUAAUGAAUUCUAUUUAAAUCACUAUCUUUUCUGAAAUUUUUAAAUUUUAUGAUCUGAUGGUUGGCAUAUAAUCUAUAUUGCAGUUCUCAACCUAUUUAAUGAUAACGUAAGAUUACAUCUUCAUGUCUGAAAGAAAAAUUUCUUGAGUUGUUCGUAAAGUUAUAAAUAAAAUUUUUUUGACAUCUCAGAAGACACCCAAGUGAAAAAUAAACUUGGGCAAUUCAAAUGUCUGAUUCAACUUAUUGAAUGACAUCGCUAGCAAACAUCUUAGGAUCCCUAUUCCUGAUGUAAUUAGACAGCAGAGAGCAAGUGUUAGACUCUCUAUAUUCUUCCCAUUUAGUUUUUAGUGACUUUGAUGUUGGCGAAUGAAUUAUCUACGGUGCUCUUGUCUUCCAGCCUCAUAGAAAGAAAUGAGCUUGAAGGCAGUCAGCAAGAUUGUGUAUUUGAGUAUUAUUCCAUUCAUGACUCUCCACUUUGUAACUUGUUACUAGUUCCUACUAUCCGGUAAUCAUUUAAAUGGAACUGUUUACUCACACACACACAAAUCUUCUAAUGUUCACUAGUGGUCAAGAUUUUGAUGAUUGUAUUGCUUUGUGUUUCUCCACUCUUUUCUGAUGCCCUGAGCAUCCAAAUACUCGGUUUCUUGUUUAGAUUAUCUUUUCGAACAGCAAAUCAUGCCUCAGCAAGCUUUAUAAUUGUUAAGAUCACAGGUUUUUUUGCCGCCCCCCCCCCUUCCUCCCAGGGAGUUCCACAACUUCUAAAGCCGUAUUAUUUUAAACAGAUGUUUGCUUAUUGGGUGUUUUGAUUCACUGACCUAUGUCAACCAAAAUUAGGUCUGCAAAUCGGUGGGUCUGAAUCCAUAAGUCAGCAACUGGUGGCCAAAA